AUGUCCACAGGAGCACAAAAACUGAUGGUGAUACAUGAUGCAUCAAGAACCGAUGGUUUGAGUGCAAUCAUAUCAGCCUUCGAGAGCUUACCAGUUGGAUCAGGAGAUGAGCUCACUCUCCUUGGAGUUAUUCAUCAGCUUUCAAGUACUUUGAAAAUCAUGAGCAUAAGUGGAUCAAAUACCAAAUACAAGGAAGAUGAACGGAUAAAGAAGGAGGAGUAUCAUAAAAGAGAGGAAGUGAUGCAACUGUCCACGAUUUGUGCAAGGAACAAGAUAAUGUUCCAGAUAGAUGUGCAAUAUGGAUCUUCUCCAAAGAUGAUUGCUGCCAUGGCAGCCAAAAGCUCAAGGGUGACAUGGGUCGUACUUGACAGGCAGAUGAAAAAAGACAGAAAGUUCUUCAUGGAGAAGCUUACAUGUGGAAUAUUGAGGAUGAAACGAGACAACACAGUCGAAAAGCUCAGAGGACCAAUAACAAUGGAGGACAAGAAACUGCGGUCAUCAAAAAGGACUCCAAGCAAUGAGCAUGUUUCAUAUGGUGAAAUGAUACCCGUAAUGUCAAAGAGAGAACUCUCCCCAAAGAAAACUACAAAUGCUCAAAAGCCAGCAUUUAAACCGGAAGGUGGCGGCAGCAGUGGUGCACCACCAUGGGAUAAAUCACACUUCUCACCCUCCCCACCAUCCACUGACCAGAUAUCCCCAUCUCCAUCCAAGGCCUCCACCUCCAGCUUUGGGACUUCUGAAGUAUCCACCAUGAAUUCCAGUUGGACAAAUGAUGAUCAUGAAGAAGAAGAGUUUGAAUGUUCCAUUUGUUCAGUUUGCCAGAAUAAACGUCCAAGUACUCAGUUAAAGCAAUUAGACUUCAAUUACACCGAACUCUACCAUGCUACUGAUGGUUUCUCUUCAGACAACUUUCUAUCAGAAGGAGGAUUCGGUUCUGUGUAUGAAGGAGAGCUCAAUAUCCAUGGUGGAUUAAAAGUUGCUAUCAAACAACAUAAAGAUGCAAGUUUUCAAGGAGAGAAAGAGUUCAAGUCUGAAGUUAAUGUACUCAGCAUGGCUCGACACCCGAAUGUGGUCAUGUUGUUGGGAUCAUGCUCUGAAGGAACACACAGGCUGCUUGUUUAUGAGUUUGUCUGCUUUGGCUCACUUGACCAACACUUAUCAACAGCUGCGGAAAAUCCGAAUCCACUGACAUGGGACAAGAGAAUAAAGAUCGCACUUGGAGCCGCAAGAGGUUUAGAUUAUCUUCAUAGAAUAAACAUCAUACAUCGAGACAUGAGGCCAAAUAACAUUCUCGUAACACAUGACUACGAAUCAUUGCUAGGUGAUUUUGGUCUAGCAAGAACCGGUUGUGAUGAUACAGAUGAGACGAGUGUGGUUGGGACCCUUGGGUAUGUGGCACCAGAGUAUGCCGAAUGUGGGAAAGUGUCAAGAAAGACAGAUGUUUACUCGUUUGGUGUCGUUUUGUUACAGUUGAUCACAGGUUGUAAGACAAAAGAGAAGAAGUUCGAUGGGAAAACCCUAGUGGAAUGGGCAAGACCGCUUGUGGAAGAUCAGAAUUAUCCAGAUUUAAUUGAUGAGCGGAUUGUUGAUUCCCCGGAUGUCCAAGUCUUCCAAUUAUAUCUUAUGGUACGACUAGCAGAAGGUUGUCUCAAGAAAGAUCCUACCAAGAGACAUACAAUGGCAUAUGUGGUGAAGCAAUUAGAACGCAUUAUGGGAGGGAAUAAUACAAGCUCCAGAGACGUAAGGAAAUGUUAAAUGAAUCGGGAUGAAUGUAAAUAAAUGUAUGUGCUACCAUUACCAUAUAAACGUUUUAAUAACUAUUUUUAUAUAAAUCUAUAUUUUUA